UAGAAAAAGUUUUCAUCAACAGCCGCCAUUUUGCGCUGGAGAGACUGAGAAGAAUUUCGGAAUUUGUCGUGUAAAUUUUCUGUUUUUUCUUACAUCAUUUUAUCAUAAACUAUACCAUUCCGUGCAUUUUAAAGUGUUAAGUGAAAUCGUGUUGUUGGAUCGCUAAAAUAAGUUCUAUAAAGUGGCAAAAAUCUGGUGAUAUUGUUUUCAUUCAUUGUGCUAGUUCCGACGGAAGAUGGUGAGAGGGUCUGUGUAGCUCUUCGAUUCGGAGCUUUGUAAUGGCGAAUACUUAGUGAGAAUUUGUAAUAUGUGCCUUCAAUGGUGCGAAGGACAUCGAACGAUCGGGAUGUGGGUGAAUUACAUUAUAAUGGAUGACAAAUCGCUUUAAAAUGUUAUUUCUUGAAAAUAUAAGACAUAAAAGUGUUCUUUGAAUCGGCGGGCCGAAUAUUGACGACGGCUUACGUUUAGUAAACAGAGCCAUGGCCGAUCAUCAUGUGGAUGAACCGCCGAACAAGCGGGCUAAAAUGAUCCGGGACCCUUUCCAGGGUCCCUCGGACGCCGCAGAUGGGUUUUCUAACCUUGACAUGUUCGACCUCGAGAACAACCUCCCAGACGAGCUCAUGGGGGGCUCGUGGGGCGAACAGACCGGCGUGCCGGGCCCCAAGCCCCCCGCGCAGGGCCCAGGGCCCGGGGGGCAGAUGGCCCCGCAGCAGCUCAACGGAGACGAUCCCACUGCUGCAAUGCAGCGGCAAGUUCACAAUCACCUUAUACAACAAGGCAAGGCUGGCUUAGUCGGCCACAACAACCCGCUUGGAUUGGGUAGUUUAGGCAGCAAGAGUCCAAAUUUACAGUCUCCCCCUAACGUUUCCGUGUCGAAGGACAUGAUGGGUGGCAUGCACCCACAACUAAUGCCAAAUACAAGUCAUCCAAAUCAACUACAUUCGACCAUGCCAAUGAACUCUAUUCAAGGUGGUAUGGUGGCAAAUGUAGGAGGCAAUAUGAUAGUGACUAAUAGUAAUAUGACCGGUGCUGGGAUGCUCGGGAGCGGCAUCAUCAACAACGUCAACAAACAGCUCCCGCUCAUGGGCAAUAACCAUCACGGGCCGCAGCACCAUCCGCACGCGCAGGCGAUGGGCAACGGCCCGCUGGGCGGGCGCGUGAACGCGCUGGCGCCGGCGAUGCGCGGCGCGCUGCCGCACCACGCGCGCAUGGCGGCGCCGAGCGGCGGGCACCCCAUCGCGCCCUACCACCCCGCGUACGGCACGUCGCCCGGCGCGCCCGGCGUGCAGCCGCAGCGGCCGCAGGGGCUGCGCUUCGGCGCGCCCGAGCAGCAGGGCGGCCAGGCGCCGCAGGCCGUGCCGCCCGCGCCCAGCCCGCAGACCCCCGGCGCGCCCGCCGGCGGCCAGAGCCAGCCGCAGGCCGCCACACAAGGCGCGGCUCCGCCCGGUCCCGGAGGCCCCCAACAGGCGCCCUCGGGCUCCAUCGCGGACCCGGAGAAGCGCAAGCUCAUCCAGCAACAACUGGUGCUGUUGCUGCACGCGCACAAGUGCCAGCGGCGGGAGUCGCAGAACAACGGCGAGAUCUGGCAGUGCACGCUACCCCACUGCAAGACUAUGAAGGGUGUGCUCAACCAUAUGAUGUCUUGUCAAGCCGGCAAGAACUGCGCAGUGCCUCACUGCUCGUCGUCUCGACAAAUCAUAAACCACUGGAAACAUUGCAAUAAAAAUGACUGCCCAGUCUGCCUGCCUCUCAAACAGGCGGACCGGUCUAGAAAUAAUACACAAAUAAAUGCAGCGGCGUCCGCGCCGCACUCGGGCGCGGCGCCCCCGGGGGUGGGCGCGGGGGUGGGCGUGGCGCCGGGCGCGGGGGCGGGGGUGGGCGCGGGCCCGGCGCCGCAGCCCGCGCCGGACAUGAAGCGCGCGUACGAGGCGCUGGGCAUCGCCUGCCCCACCAGCGUGGGCAUGUUCCCGCGCGCGCGCCUGCCCGCGCAGGGCCAGGCCGGCGUGCGCCCGCCGCUCACCGACGUGCAGCCCGGCCAGGGGCCCAUGCAGCCGCUCUUCCAGCACAACAUGCCCGAUUCCAUGCAGCACCAGCAGCUGAUGGGAGCCGGCACAAUCCAACUUCCCGGCGGCCCCGUCACCGCCAACCCUGUCUCUGGCACGAAGGAGUGGCACCAGUCUAUAACAGCCGAUCUCAGAAACCAUCUUGUUCAUAAACUGGUGCAAGCUAUCUUCCCAACGCCAGACCCCACAGCAAUGUUAGAUAAGAGAAUGCACAACCUAGUAGCGUACGCGAGGAAAGUCGAAGGCGACAUGUACGAGAUGGCCAGCACGCGCUCCGAGUACUACCACCUGCUGGCCGAGAAGAUAUACAAGAUACAGAAGGAGCUAGAAGAGAAGAGACAGAAGAGGAAGGAGCAGCAGUUACAAGCGCAGCAGCAGGGACUGCAGCAGCCCGGCAUGCCUCCUGGUGGCAAGGUGAUGGCAGGCGCGCGGCCGCUGGGCCCGGGCGCGGGGCAGGUGGCGGGCCCGGGCGGCGGGCUGCCGCGGGCGGGCGCGCCGCUGGGCAUGCGCAUCCCGUCGCCCGGCAUGGGCGGGCUGCUGGCGGGCGGCCGCAUGACGUUCCCCGCCGCGCCGCCCGGCCCCUCGCCCGGCCUGCCGCCCACGCCCAACGGCGCGCAGCCCGGCAUGUCGCCCUUCCAGGCCAUGGCCUCGCCCGCGCCGCCCUCCGCGCCCGCCCCGGCCACCCCCGCCGUCGCCGCGCCGCAGUACGCGCCCGUGCAGACCAACGGCCCGGCGCUCGCGCAGGACCCCGCGCAGCAGCAGCAGCAGGUGCAAGCCGACCAAGCCAAGAUGCGACUGUCAGGCGGUCCGGCCGCCAGCCCCUUCAUGAACCACACGUUCGGGCGGGCAUCCCCGUCGCCGGGCGGCGUGGGGGUGGGGGCGGGGGGGCCGCCGCCCGCCACGCCGAGCACGCCGGCGCCGCCCACGCCCGCGCCGGCGCCGUCGCCGCCGCCCGAGCCGGCGCCCGACGUGCGCGUCAAGGAGGAGCCCGCCGACCCCGACGCCGGCGGCAAGAACAUGCGCGACGACCCCGCCGACCCCGCCGCCGCCGCCGCCGCCGGACCCCCGCCACAGACCAAUGACGCCUUCGCCCCCGUCAAGCAGGAAAUCAAGCAAGAGAUUAAGACGGAGGUCAAAGAGUUUUUGUCUGCGAAUGGUGUGCAAAAUACGAAUAUAUUCCGUCGUACCCAGGAGCCGGUGGAAGCCACGGGCAGCGUCGAACCGACAAGCGGCCCUAAGCGUAUAUUCGUGUUCAAACCCGAAGACCUACGGCAAGCGCUAAUGCCGACGCUAGAGAAACUGUUCCGUCUCGACGAGUCCGCGCCCUUCCGCCAGCCGGUGGACGCGCAGGCCCUCGGCAUCCCAGACUACUUCGACAUCGUCACCAAGCCCAUAGAUCUGUCCACCAUCAAGAUGAAGCUCGACCGCGGCGAGUACAAAGACCCCUGGGAGUACGUCGACGAUGUCUGGCUCAUGUUCGAUAACGCGUGGCUUUAUAAUAGGAAGAAUUCGAGGGUCUACAGAUAUUGUACAAAGCUGUCGGAGGUGUUUGAGCAGGAGAUCGACCCGGUGAUGCAGAGCCUGGGCUACUGCUGCGGGCGGAAGUACACCUUCAACCCGCAGGUGCUGUGCUGCUACGGCAAGCAGCUCUGCACCAUCCCGAGGGACGCUAAAUACUUCAGCUACCAGAACAGUCUAAAAGCGUAUGGGGUUGUGUCCGAUAGAUACACCUUCUGCCAGAAAUGCUUCAACGACAUCCAGGGUGACACCGUGACGCUCGGCGACGACCCCAUGCAGACGCAAACAGCAAUCAAAAAGGAUCAGUUCAAAGAGAUGAAGAAUGACCAUCUGGAGCAAGAGCCAUUCGUAGUCUGCAUGGACUGCGGUCGGAAGCAGCACCAGAUCUGCGUGCUGCACCAUGACUCCAUCUGGCCACAGGGCUUCUGCUGUGAUAACUGCCUCAAGAAGAAGGGGGCGAAGAGAAAAGAUAACAAGUUCUGCGCGAAGAGGCUGCCCUCCUCCAAGCUCGGCCAGUAUAUAGAGACUAGAGUCAACAACUUCCUUAAGAAGAAAGAGGCCGGGUCGGGAGAGGUGCAUAUCAGGGUGGUGGCGUCGUCGGAUAAGGUGGUGGAGGUGAAGCCCGGCAUGCGGUCGCGGUUCGUGGACUCGGGCGAGCUGUGCGCCGAGUUCCCGUACCGGGCCAAGGCACUGUUCGCAUUUGAGGAGGUCGACGGCGUCGACGUCUGUUUCUUUGGCAUGCAUGUUCAGGAAUACGGGAGCGAAAGUCCAUCACCGAACACGAGGCGCGUUUACAUAGCAUAUCUAGACUCGGUACACUUCUUCAACCCGCAGCAAUACCGGACGGCGGUGUACCACGAGAUACUAUUAGGUUACUUAGACUACGCCAAGCAACUCGGCUACACAAUGGCCCACAUCUGGGCCUGCCCGCCCUCAGAGGGGGACGACUACAUUUUCCACUGCCAUCCGCCUGAGCAAAAAAUACCCAAACCCAAAAGACUACAGGAGUGGUACAAGAAAAUGUUAGACAAGGGUAUUAUAGAGAGGAUAAUAUUAGACUACAAGGAUAUUCUUAAGCAAGCUAUGGAGGACAACAUCUCGUCGGCGGCGGAGCUGCCGUAUUUCGAGGGGGACUUCUGGCCGAACGUGCUCGAGGAGUCGAUUAAGGAGCUCGAUCAGGAGGAAGAGGAGAAGAGAAAACAGGCUGAAGCCGCUGAGGCAGUGAUAUUCCAGUCGUCGGAGGACAACGAGGCAGGUCCCGACGGCAAGAAGAAGGGCCAGAAGAAAGCCAAGAAGUCGAACAAGUCGAAGGCGGCGCAGAGGAAGAACAGCAAGAAACAGAGCGACCAGCAGCAGGGCAGCGACCUCAGUGCGAAGAUAUUCGCGACGAUGGAGAAACACAAGGAGGUGUUCUUCGUCAUUAGGCUACAUUCCGCGCAGUCUGCUGCCAGCUUAGCGCCGAUCGGUGACCCCGACCCGCUGGUGAACUGCGAUCUCAUGGACGGGCGCGACGCCUUCCUCACGAUGGCGCGCGACCGCCACUACGAGUUCUCCUCCACGCGGCGCGCGCGCUUCUCCACGCUCUGCAUGCUCUACGAGCUGCACAACCAGGGCCAGGACAAGUUCGUCUACACCUGCAACUCGUGCAAGUCGCACGUCGAGACGCGCUACCACUGCACCGUCUGCGACGACUUCGACCUCUGCGUGCCCUGCUACGAGAAGGAGGGCCACCCGCACCGCAUGGAGAAGCUCGGCCUCGACAUCGACGUCGGCUCCUCCCCCGGCGACAUGAAGCAGGCCAACCCGCAGGAGGCGCGCAAGCUCUCCAUCCAGCGCUGCAUCCAGUCCCUGGUGCACGCGUGCCAGUGCCGCGACGCCAACUGCCGCCUGCCCUCGUGCCAGAAGAUGAAGCGCGUCGUAGCCCACACCAAGAUCUGCAAGCGGAAGACGAAGGGCGACUGCCCGAUCUGCAAGCAGCUGAUCGCGCUGUGCUGCUACCACGCGAAGCACUGCCAGGAGACCAAGUGCUCGGUGCCGUUCUGCUCGAGCAUCAAGCAGAAGCUGAAGCAGCAGCAGGUGCAGCAGCGCGUGCAGCAGCAGCAGCUGCUGCGACGGCGCAUGGCGGCCAUGAACACGCGCGGCAUGCCCCCCUCCGGCCCCUCCCCGCCGCCCGCGCCGGCGCUCGGCUCCCCGCCGCCCUCCAAGCCGCAGCCGCACGCGCUGCCGCACAACGUGCAGAAGGCGCUCCAGCAGGUGCAGGAAGAGGCGGCGCGGCAGCAGGCGCCGUCGUACGGCAAGCAGGCGGCGGCGGGCGCGCCGCGCGGCGACUGGGCCGCGCGCUACCGCGCCGGCGCGCCGCCGCCCCUGCACCACCCGCUGCACCCGCGCCUAGUGCACCCGCCCGUGCACCACCACCCCGCCGCGCUGCAGCCGCACCCGCACCUCGCCGCGCUGCAGCACCACGCGCCGCUCCAGCAACAAGCACAACAGCAGCAGCAGCAAGUCGCGCAGCAGCAGCAGCAGCAGGCAGCGCAGCAGCAGGCAGCGCAGCAGCAGGCGGCGGCGCGGGCGGGCGUGGUGCCGGGCGCGGCCGGGGCGGGCGCGGCGCCGCAGAUGCACCAGAAGGCGCUGCAGCAGCUCAUGGCCACGCUGCGCUCGCCCACCAGCCAUAACCAGCAGCAGGAGAUCCUGCAGAUACUCAAGUCCAACCCGCCGCUCAUGGCCGCCUUCAUCAAGCAGCGACAGAACGCCCAGAACCAGCAAGCGGCUGGCAACGUGGGCGGCGUGGGCAACGUGAGCGGCGUGGGCGGCGGCGUCGGCGUCGGCUCGCUCGGCGUCGGCGCGCAGCAGCCGCUGCAGCACAUGAUGCAGCAGCCGCGCAUGCAGCCCAUGCAUCAGAUGCUGCCCCAGCAAGGACAGGUCGGCGGUCCUCCCGGAGGCGUGGGCGUGGGCGUGGGCGUGGGGCCGGGCAUGGGCGCGGGCUGGCUGCGCUCGGGCGGCGCGGGCGCGGGCGCGGCGGCGCCGGGCGGGCCGGGCGGGCCGGGCGCGCGGCCGUACGGCGUGCGGCACGGCGCGCGCUACUUCGGCGCGGGGGCGCUGCCGCGCUCGCCGCCCGCCUCCUCGCCGCGGCCCGCCGGCGAGCUGCUGCUGCUGCGGCAGUCGCCCGCGCCGCCGCCGCCGCACCCGCCCGACGACCAGCUGCCGCCGAUGACGCCGCAGGACCAGCUGACCAAGUUCGUCGAACAGUUGUAG